UGCGUUACAAUGAAAUUUGCAGUUUUUUGUAUUGUACUUGUUUGUGUGACUGCGGGUUGGUCUGUGCCGCCUGACGAACCCAAAGACGUGCCCCCCCUGCCUGUUCUUCCGCCGUGCAAACUCAAAAAUCCACCAUGGAAAAAUCCAGAACUUUGUAGAGAAAAGAAAAAGUCUAAAUGUUUUCCGAGAACUUGCCUCUUUACAAUAAAGAAGGGAUACAUUUACAUAAAUCGAAAAAAGAUGGAGGUUAAAGUUACGAAACCGAAAAAGAUAAAAGUUGUUGAGUGUCGGAACUAUCUGGAUAAAUGCAGCAACGAGAUUUCCUUCCCAUGUAGAUGCAAAUAUAUGGGGAAAAGAAUCUUUGAAGACUUGUAUAUCGCAAAGAAAAUUAAAGGAAAAUGGAAAUCUGUUAAAACUUGGGUUCAAGUCAAUAUUCCUGGUGGAUGCAGAUGUGCCGAAGCGAACAGAAUUAUAAUAUAGCGUCAUAGAUGGAGCACCGGACGCACGCAGAGAAAAUGUCAAAAUGAUACGCUUAAAAUAAAAUUAUCUCUGCA